AUGGAAAUAGCUUUGAACAUGAAUGGCUACUUAGAAGAGUUCAUGAAAGCUCUUGAACCGUUCAUGAAGGUAACUUCAUCUCCUUCUUCUCCAUCUUCAUCAAAACCAAUACCGAUUACUCCUGAUAACCAAACAUUACCGGUAUGUAAUCAAACUGGUCCAAUUGGGCUAAACCAGCUCAUUCCCGCUCAAAUCCUCCAAAUUCAAACAGAGUUACAUCUCAGACAAAACCAAGCUCGUCGUGGCUGCAGUGGCCACAACCUCAAUGUUCUGAACGCUAAACCAACCCUAAUGAAGAAAACCAACGUAACUAAACCGGCUAAACUAUACCGAGGCAUUAGACAACGCCAUUGGGGCAAAUGGGUUGCUGAGAUCCGGUUGCCUAAAAACCGAACCAGGUUAUGGCUCGGUACGUUCGAAACCGCGGAAGAAGCUGCAUUAGCUUACGACCAAGCUGCUCAUAAGAUCAGAGGAGAAAACGCUCGUCUCAACUUCCCAAACAUUGCUCGUCGUGGAGAAUAUAAAAAGACCUUGUCUCCGUCUGUCAACGCUAAGAUCGAAUCCAUCUGCAAUAGCUCAGAGCUUCCCAUGUCUGAGCUCAAGAAACCGGCGGAAACAGAAGAAGUGUUCUUUGGUUUUCACUACACGGAUCCUAAAGUGGAGCAAGAACGUGAAGCUCCUGAUGAAUUCGGAUACGGGUCGAGUUAUUCUCCUGAGUCGGAUAUAACGUUGUUGGAUAUUAUCUCAAACGAAUGGAUGAAGGAAGAUGGGAGCUUUUGCAUGGGUUUGCAGAAGUGUCCUUCUUUUGAGAUUGAUUGGGACGCUAUAGAUAAACUCUCUGGAUCUAUUUGA